UGUAAACAAAUUAUGUCGUGUUGAACCUCGCGGCACAUCGUCCGUAAACAUCAGUUAAAUUUAUGUGGACCACGCUCAUUCUGUUCGCAUUAAAAUACGUUUUCAGUUUGUGAAGAUAGCUUUUUUUUGUUACAAACAGUGCAUUAAAAACCGAAAAUGGCAUCCAACGUAAUGAUACGAUUGGCUUCCGACCGAGCGAACUUGUCGCUGCUGUCCGGCGAAAGUAAUCCGCGGCUUUUCACGCCAGGGGAAGUUAUCACAUCUCAACAGGGAUUCAUGCGUGGCCACGGUACGUACAUGGAAGAUGAGGACAUCAAAUCCUCCGUCGCCGGUGUUAUGGUACAGGUAAACAAACUCAUCACAGUAAAGCCACUUAAAGGAAGAUACGUCGGUGAAAUCGGCGAUGUGAUAGUGGCCCGGGUUACUGACGUGCAGCAAAAGCGCUGGAAAGUGGACACCAACUCACGGCUUGAUUCGAUUCUGCUUUUGUCUUCCGUCAAUCUUCCGGGUGGCGAAUUGAGACGAAGAGGUGUGGAAGAUGAACAGCAAAUGCGAAAGUACCUUCAAGAGGGUGAUCUCAUUUCCGCGGAAGUCCAGAACGUGCACUCGGAUGGUGUGCUCUCGUUGCACACCAGAAGUCUGAAGUACGGUAAGCUCGGACAGGGAAUACUGGUGAAGGUGUUUCCGUCGCUUAUCAAACGACGUAAGACACACUUCCACAACCUGCCAUGCGGUGCGUCAAUCAUUCUGGGAAACAAUGGCUUCAUCUGGAUAUCGCCUAUCGUAAAUACGGAAAGUGAAGAAGGAGGAGGCUUCACGCAAAAUCUGGAGGAGGCAAUAUCGAAACAGGAUCGAGAUGUUAUUUCCCGUUUACGGAACUGUAUACUGGCACUAGCCAACUGCAAAAUGUUGCUGUAUGAUACGAGUAUAUUGUAUGCCUACGAGGAAUCACUGAAAUAUGAAGUUCACGAACUCCUUCACCAGGAGUCUAUGUUUGAUAUCGCAUUUUUAACUCGCCAUAAGCUAAGGUUGCAAGAAUAAUAUCCUAAUGUAUUGAGGAAUAGGAGUAACGGAUGAAAUAUAUUUUGUUCUGAUCACCGUAUGGUAUAAUAAACGUCAUAUUCAUUCUA